AGCUUCUUUCCCGCAGACCGAGGAUCUGAAAGCCUUCUACCCAGGCACACUGCUGGAGACGGGCCACGACAUCCUGUUCUUCUGGGUGGCCAGGAUGGUCAUGCUGGGCUUAAAGCUGACCGGGAAGCUACCUUUUCAGGAGGUUUACCUCCAUGCCAUCGUCCGGGAUGCUCACGGCCGCAAGAUGAGCAAAUCUCUCGGCAACGUCAUUGACCCCCUCGAUGUGAUCUUCGGCAUCACGCUGGAGGGUCUGCACGCACAGCUACUGGACAGUAACUUGGACCCCGUCGAGAUUGAGCGAGCCAAGGCGGGUCAGAAAUCUGAUUAUCCGGUUGGAAUUCCGGAAUGUGGGACUGACGCCCUGCGAUUUGCUCUAUGUGCCUACACGUCCCAAGGCCGAGAUAUCAACCUGGACGUGAACCGCAUCCUGGGGUACCGCCACUUCUGCAACAAGCUGUGGAACGCCACCAAGUUCGCCAUCCGUGGUCUGGGGGAGAACUUCAAACCAGAGGGCCGUGCCCAGGAUGCAUCACGAGGGAGCCUGAUUGAUGGCUGGGUUCUGAGCCGUCUGAGCCAUGCGGUGGAGCUGUGUAACACUGGCUUUGGGCUGUAUGACUUCCCGGCUGUAACCACAGCUGUCUACAACUUCUGGCUGUAUGAGCUGUGCGACGUUUACCUGGAAUGCCUGAAGCCUGUGUUUGUUGGAACCGAUGAGGAAGCAGUGAGCGUGGCCCAGAACGUGCUGUACACCUGCCUGGACACAGGCCUUCGACUCCUCAGCCCUUUCAUGCCCUUCGUAACCGAGGAACUGUACCAGAGGUUACCACGGCGAUCGGCUCAGGACCCUCCGAGCAUUAGUGUGACUCCAUACCCGGAAUCUGAAGAGUACUGUUGGAGGAACGAGGAGCUGGACCGCACUGUGGAGUUUGUCAUGACCAUUAUCCGCGCCAUCCGAUCCCUCCGUGCAGACUACAACCUUACCAAGACUAAAGCUGAUUGUUACCUCUCGUGUUCGGAUGAGGGCACAGCUGCCCAGCUGAACCCAUUCUCCUCCUACAUCCAGACGUUGUCCUCUUCCAAGUCGGUGACCUUCCUGGUGAACGAGGAGUGCCCAGACGGAUGUGCCAUGGUCAUCGCUUCGGACCGCUGCACUGUCCACCUCAUGCUGAAGGGGCUGAUCGAUGCUGAGAAGGAGGUCACCAAGCUCCGGGCGAAGCAAGCCGACGUUCAGAAGCAGUUUGCGAAGCUCAGGGAGAAAAUAUCCAAAGCUGAUUACAGCACCAAAGUGCCUCAGAAAAUCCAGGAGCUGGAUGCAGAGAAGUUGAAGCAGAUGGAGACGGAAUUGCAGAAGGUGGAAGAAGGGAUCAGGAAUUUUGAGAAGAUGAUCUGACAGGCUUUCGGGUUCCACCUCGCUCCCCGCAGCCCGUGUGAGAGAUGGCGAGAGGGGGUGCUGCUGUCGGACCCUAACUGUGGCGGGGGGGGGGGGUUAGGGGGUGGUGGGAGGGUGGUGGGUAGGCUGGUUAUUGGAUGGUGUGUGACCUCGCGAUACGGUGGAUCCUUACCACUCCUCAUCCGGGGUGGGGGAGUGCCCUACUCCGAACUGGGAAUUUCUGCUCCACUGUUCCCAUUCCACCCCUCUCUCCCACCCCAACCACCAGCACUCCUGGGCUGAAGCAGAUGGGGCAGCAUUUUGGCCUGAGCUUACCAGCCUGAGAUCUCAAAGCUGCUGAGGCACAGAGACGGGGUGCACUGUUAUUGUGAGGACAGCAAUGUUGGAGUUUGGGGCUGAUGGUCGAACCUAGUGGAGGAAAUCCUCCACACGGGUAAGUGACUGCCUGAACUGGGGCCCUGGAGAUAUUGCCUGCUGGAGGAAACCCACAGGUCAGUCCCAGAUCUGUCCAACAGGUAAAAAUCGGCUAAACCUGACCUCAUUUUGCCUCUUGUGCUCCCCCUUCUCACUGGAGGCCUGGCCCUGAGUUUUGGAUUUCUGUCUCUUGGGGAUAUGGGGGGCUCAGGAAAGGGACAAGGUGAAGGGAAAGAUGGGAACAAAGAACAAGGGGGGGGGUCGAUGUUGAGGUUAACCCCCAGGUUAAUGGGGUGGGGUGGGGAGAGGUAAUUAGAUCACUUCCUAACUCACUGAACCGCUACCCUACAUGGAGACACGGCAAGGGAAUAUUUGGGGAGUGUCUCCCCUGUUGGAGCUGUUACAUGUUUCAGGUCUGUUUCAGUCACACACACACACACACUUUCAGGGACAGUCAGGUCUGUGUGGGACUGCACAGAAGUUACAAACUUGUUUCCACCCCACUUUAUCACCGACCUUUCCUCCUCCCUCCCUCUCCUGCGAUCGGUAUGCGUUGAUGCUCAAACGCAUCUGUCCUUUGUUGUCUCUCUCUCUCCGUCUCGGUUCUGUUUACUGCGUUCUCCAGCUGUCAGAUAAUGGUGUUUCAAUAAAGGUUGACUGUUUCAUUAA